AGCGGUCGCAACAAGAACGGCCGCGGCCACGUCAAGCCCGUGCGCUGCUCCAACUGCGCGCGCUGCACCCCCAAGGACAAGGCCAUCAAGAGAUUCACCAUCCGCAACAUGGUUGAGUCCGCUGCCAUCCGUGAUAUCUCCGACGCCUCCGUCUUCACUGACUACGCCGUCCCCAAGAUGUACCUCAAGCUGCAGUACUGUGUCUCCUGCGCUAUUCACGGCAAGAUCGUCCGUGUCCGCUCCCGGGAAGGUCGUCGCAACCGUGCCCCUCCUCCUCGCAUCAGGUACAACAAGGACGGCAAGAAGCUGAGCCCCCCUCAGGCUGCUAAGGCCAACUAA